ACCAAUGGUAAGAGGUAAGGAGAGCUCGGAAAGGCGGAGAGUGCAAGGCUUCAGUGCCUCACAGACCUUCACAAGGUAGAUACCUCCGUAUCUUCUCGCUCAGGAGGUGCUGAAGUGUAUGCAAGAUGCUAGGAGGUAGGAGAGCUACAACCCCCUUGCUGGUGCUGGUGCUGUCGGUGUUGGCGGAGAAGCAACUGUUGGUGGAGGCGAAUACCUGUCUGUGCAAAGAGGAUUUCACCCCGGAUAUCAUACAAGCCAUCAGUGAAUUCUCACAUGAGAACCUUGUGGAUCGAGUUCACACCUACACAGGCGCCAAGUCCGUGAACAAUAAAUAUGAGCCCUGCAUAUGUGAAGACGUUACACGGCUAGAGGUAAAGUUAUCUACGCCAAAGAAUGACGUCGAUUUAACCGAGGAAGAAACUACGUCUCUCGUCGCUAACAUGACAUCAGAGUUGUAUCAGCGCUUCCCGAUAGAUGUGACUGAUGGUGACUUCAUCACAGACCUGGAUUUAAUCUCGUAUAAUGUGACCUCUGAGAUUACAGCCACAUCCUUUAACUUCGUCGUCUUGGUUACACUUCGGGGCAGGAACUCAUCCUACUCGAAUUUGCCGGAGCCGAUCACUCUCCCAAGUUCCGACUCAACGCUCACCUUAAACAGUGUGACAGUAUUACAGUGUGCAGGUGACCCACCCGCCCCGCUGACCAACGGGAAGGAUAACACUGCGGAGGGCAAGCUGGCAGGUGCUAAGGCACACUACACCUGUGAUACUGGAUUCAUGAAUUACAUGACGGAGCCAACAGAUAAAAUAAUUUCCCAAGUAUGGACACGCUUCUCCGAGGAGUUUUUGGUGGACCAGAUAAGGCAGCGCCGCUGUCUCUGGGACCACUAG